UGAGUGGAUGGACACAAGGAAUACUUAUUUACGCUCUGUAUUUAUAAAAUUAAUAUUACGUCGUAAACCAAUGGUCGCGAAUAAACGUUAAGAACGGUCUGUUGUUAUUAUUAUUAUUUCGUUUUUGUAAAUUGCAAUCUUGUGUAUUAAAUACAUUAAAUACACACUAAAAUGCAGGAUGAUACGGUUAGAAUUUAACCUGACAACAUAGAUAAAAGCAAAAGUAGGAAGGAAAUUCAACUGAAGCUACUGCGUGAUGACGCAAUCAGUAUGACGCCUAAAUCCAGGAAGUGCCUUAUGUAAACUUGCUUAUGUACGCAACUUUGGAGAAACGCAAUCUCAUCCAGAAUGUCUUUCAAACUGGAUACUAUAUCGUUGUAAAAAGUGGAGUUGUCAUUUGUCAGAAUGGAGGAAAAGAACAAGAAACGAAAAAGUCCAAGGCCGUCUUCCAGCCAGCCUCCUCUCCCGAUCAAUGCCCGAAAAACGCCCAGCAGCAGAUCAUUUGGCGUCAGCGGUAUAGUCACCCACUCUAGUCAGAGGACUAAGUAUCGUAGAGGAGUAAGAGACAAGCCCAGGCCUCAGAGCCAGUCUGGGAAGACUAACCAAUCUGCCCACAUCCAGCACACAUUUCUCACAGAUGUGUCUGAUGUACAGGACAUGGAGAAAGGUCUGCUCAGCCUCUUAAAUGACUUCCACUCAGGAAAACUACAAGCUUUUGGUAAUGAGUGUUCCAUCGAUCAGAUGGAGCAUGUUCGAGAGAUGCAGGAAACACUGGCCCGUCUGCACUUUGACCUGUAUGGAGAAGUGGAUGAGAUGCCAGAAGAUCAAAAGAAGUCCGCUUAUGACACAAACAUGGAUAAACUGUUACUAAAUCUGGAAGAGUUGAGCUCCUCAAUACAAAAGCUUAACCUUGCUGACAGCCAAGAUGUCCCCAGAACUUCCAGCAUGUGAAUUAGUGUAUAAACAACUAUGGACAAUACUGUGUGCAUAUCUACCACAUAACAGCUAUGAAAAUACAUCAGUAUUAUUUAAUUGACACUGUGGAAUCUACAUUUAUAAAUGUGGUCGGCUUGGCUUGUUUGCACUCUAUAGUUUUAUAUUAGUUAUAUGUCAAAGAACAACUCAAACAUGUCAUAAUGAAAUUCAAACCUGAUUUGUUGAUUUUCUCAUUUGAUCAUUUGAUAUUCAUUACCAUGCUAAAUGUUCCCGAAAUAUAAUGUUCGAUUACAUUGUAAGAUCAAAUCAACUAAUGUCUUAAAUGUUGCGUUGAGAUGUAAAAUAGCAGCACCUUUGCAUCAUCACUAAUUCACUUUAACUUAAAACUGUCUGGGUUUUUGCUUAUGAGGACAUACGUGUGUAUGUCAAAGACUGCAGAAUGAAAGUAAAACUACAUUAUAUUUUAUGAUGUCAUAUUCACAGAUUUUAUUUUUAAUGUAAAGCAUUGGAGAUAUGUAGUGUAACCUUCUACUGGCUAAUUGAUGACUAAACCUUUAACAAUGGCUAUCAAUAAAAUAGGAGCUGUAACCAA